AUGUCAGGACCCGUUCCGAGCCGGGCCCGGGUGUACACAGAGGUCAACACUCACCGGCCUAGAGAGUACUGGGACUACGAGUCUCAUGUCGUUGAAUGGGGGAACCAGGAUGACUUUCAGUUGGUGCGGAAGCUAGGUCGUGGCAAAUAUAGUGAAGUGUUUGAAGCAAUCAACAUUACCAGUAAUGAGAAGGUGGUGGUGAAAAUACUUAAGCCAGUCAAGAAAAAGAAAAUCAAACGCGAGAUUAAGAUUUUGGAGAACCUACGUGGGGGUCCUAACAUCAUUUCUCUUAUCGAUAUUGUGAAAGAUCCAGUAUCUCGGACUCCCGCCUUGGUAUUUGAACAUGUUAACAACACAGACUUCAAGCAAUUGUACCAGACCCUGACAGACUAUGAUAUCCGCUUCUACAUGUAUGAGAUCCUGAAGGCCCUGGAUUAUUGCCACAGCAUGGGAAUCAUGCAUAGAGAUGUGAAGCCACAUAAUGUGAUGAUUGAUCAUGAACACCGCAAGCUGCGCCUUAUUGACUGGGGUUUGGCAGAAUUUUACCACCCAGGGCAGGAGUACAAUGUCAGGGUGGCCUCUCGCUAUUUCAAAGGACCAGAACUCCUGGUGGACUAUCAGAUGUACGAUUACAGUCUGGAUAUGUGGAGUUUGGGUUGUAUGCUGGCCAGCAUGAUCUUCAGGAAGGAACCCUUCUUCCAUGGCCAUGACAACUAUGACCAGUUGGUGAGAAUAGCCAAGGUGCUGGGGACUGAAGACCUGUAUGACUACAUUGAUAAGUACAACAUUGAGCUGGAGCCUCGCUUCAAUGACAUUCUGGGAAGACAUUCUCGAAAGCGGUGGGAGCGAUUUGUCCACAGUGAGAACCAGCACCUGGUCAGCCAAGAGGCGUUGGAUUUCCUGGACAAGCUGCUGCGAUAUGACCACCAGGCUCGUCUUACCGCCAGAGAGGCCAUGGAUCACCCUUACUUCUUCCCUAUUGUGAAUGAUCAGUCUCGUGUUGCCGGAUCAGCUAGCCUGCCCAGUGGGAACACGGUCGUCAGCACAGCCAGCAUGAUCACUGGUAUCUCUGCCUUGCCAGCCUCCACUGCCCUGGGUCCACUUACUGGCUCACCGGUCCUGUCUGCUGCCACUAACGCCAUGAGCACGCCGGUGCCCACUGCUGCUGGUGCCCCACAGUGACAGCCUGCUCAAACCUGAACCCGCCGUCCUUUGCCAACAACUUCCCCCUCUCCCCUUCCCCAACACCCAAACUGGGGGAGAAACCACACAGGUGCCACUCCGUCAACCCUCGCCACAUCUGAUUGAUCUCGGUGCAUCGACUACUCGCCAACCUCCCGGCAAAAGCCCAUGGUCAAAGAAAAGUUUUUCUUGUUCCUUGUCCUCCCUGAACGGAUGUCAACCAAUACCUGAAAUGAAUGUUCAUGUAAAUGAAAUAUACAGGUGUUUUUUACUUUUCCCUACAGACUGUAGUGAUAAUUAAGGAUUUGUGUGCGGUGAAUUUGAGUGUGUGUCGACCUUGGCUGUGUGUUUUAGUUUGGAGUGUGAAGGCAUUGAUGGGAAAUUGAACAGGAGGCCUCUCAGAGGUCGGCCACUUGGACCAAAUGCAGUAUCUUCUGAGUAAUGUACUACUGCUGCAUCGUUCAAAAAAGUUCCCCAAGAAGUCCAAACGGAUGAAGUGUACCCAGCAUUUGGAAGCGUUUGGUGCUGUUCUGUGCUCUCGGAUGAUGUGAACACCCGACAGUUUUGCCUUUCUUGCGGUCCAGUUCAGUGACUUUCUCUCCUCCUGAAAUGUUUGGGGCUCCCAAGUGGUUCGGUUGAAGAACCCAGGUAAGGUUCCUUCAGGUGGAUUCUCAAAACGUGCUGCUUUUCAGUUCCUUGAAUUAUUUCAAGUGGCUUUUCUUGAAUUACUUCAAGACAUAACCAAAGUUUUCUCCCGUUGGUUGAAAGAAGCGACUGGCUGACCUGGUUUCGUUACCCCAGGUUGGCGUUAACAUAACCUCAGUGAGACUCGCUAACCAUCUACAGGUGGUUCAAGAACAGUUUUUCUGAGUGAUUCGCGAUCAAUACCUCGGUAUUUCGGCUUUCACCAACACGUGCAGCGUGCGUACUGGAGUUGAAACGCUGACUUGCAUUUGAAGGGUAGUAUUUUCUGCUGUGAUUUGGUGCCAGAGUUUGGAAGUGUAAAUUUUAGACUUUGCUGUACAUAUGCAUCUUUUUUUCCAUUUAAAAACCUGAAAAUGCAAAUAAAUCAAAACAUGUAUACACUGACUUGAAUGGAGCAGUUUGAGUCCCUAUGUCACUGUAUAUAUUUUUAUGUCCUCAUGUAGAAGACUAGUAUUUGAAAAUAUUUGUGUAAAUAAACACGUUUUAUUUAUAAGG